UCACGGCGCUGAGCUCCGCCGGGGACUGCGAGGCCCGGGAGAGCUCCUCCUACUCUGCCUUCACCUUCUACCUCAGCCCCGGGGGCCGGUGCAUGGAGGAGCCCAAGGAGCGGCCCUACAGCGUGAGCGUCCGCCUGCUGGGCUCCAGCACGGCCGCCGUAAGCUGGGGCCCCUCGGCCGAGGGCCACAACGGCAGCCUGAUCUCGGUGCUGUCCACCACCUGCCUCCGGCCCAGCCUGAACCAGAGGAUGGAGAGCACCUACUGCACCGAGGAGAACACCACCAGUGACAUCAUCACCAGUCUGACCCCCGGGGCCCAGUACCGGGUGGUGGUCUACCACACCAACGGACCCCUCAUCAGCCCCCCCUCCGAGCCCGUCAUCAUCGAUAUAGAGCCCACGGGGGUGCGGGACCUGGUGGUCUACCCCCUGAGUCCCACGGUGGUCAUCCUGAGCUGGCAGCGGCCGUACCACGUGGCCUUCCGCAAGUACGUCCUGCAGACCUUCUUCUUCAACCCCGUCACGCUGGCGUCGGAGUGGACCACCUACUACGAGAUCGCCGCCACCGCGUCCGUCAUCGCCUCCGUGAGAGUGACAGAUAUGCUGCCCGCCUGGUACUACAAUUUCCGUGUUUCCAUGGUGACCUGGGGGGACCCAGCUCUCAGCUGCUGUGACAGCUCAACUGUCAGCUACAUCACGGCCCCGGAGGCCCCCCACAUCUCCUCCGUGGACUACUCCCACGGGGUUCUGUACGUGCGCUGGACGUACGGGGAGCUCUUCGUCGACCUGUCCCACUCCCGGAUGCUGCACUGGCAGGUGGUGGCCGUGGGCAAGAAGGGAGCCAAGAAGAGCUACUCCAUCGACGUGACGCGUAACGUCAUGCGUGCCAGCCUGCCGCUGCCCCCCGGCGACAUCUACAACCUGACGGUGACGGCGUGCACGGAGCGCAGCCGCAACACCUCCACGCCCAGCAUCAUCAAACUAGAGCCGGCGCCGCCGCGGUCGCUGUACGCCGUCAACACCACCCACUCGUCCUUCACCCUGCUGUGGAGCGUGGAGGGGGUGGUGGACUACUACCAGGUCCUCUGCCGACCGGCCAGACCCCACACCGAGGCCAAGCCCCAUCAGGCCCAGGCGUCCACGGGUCACUUUGUGACGGUGUCGGGCCUCCAGCCGUCCUCCACCUACAACUGCACCGUCACCACCUACAGCUACAGCACCGCCAGCAAGCCCGCCUACAUCAGUGUCAGCACCGUCGCUAAGGAGAUGAACCCCGGGGUGGCGGCCGUCUCGGCCCUGGCCGUCCUCAGCGUGCUCCUGGUCAGCCUGCUGGUCCUCUUCCUCCUGGUGCUCCGCAAGAAGCACCUCCAGAUGACCCGGGAGUGCGGAGCUGAGACUUUUGUCAAUUUUGCUUCCUUUGAGAGAGACGGCAAGCUUCCAUACAACUGGCGAAGAAGUCUCUUUGCCUUCCUCACACUUCUGCCAUCCUGCCUUUGGACUGACUAUCUCUUGGCUUUUUAUAUUAAUCCGUGGAGCAAGACGGCUUUGAAGAAACGGAAGCUAACAAGCCCGGUCCAGCUGGAUGACUUUGAGGCCUACCUCAAAGACAUGAGCAAAGACACUGCCUACAAGUUCUCCCUGCAGUUUGAGGAACUGAAGACUGUGGGACUGGACCUGUCACAUGACGCAGCCGACCUGCCAAUCAACCGGCCCAAGAACCGCUACACCAACAUCCUGCCAUAUGAUUUCAGCCGCGUCAAGCUGAUGUCCUUGCUCAACGAUGAGGGAGCCGACUACAUCAACGCCAACUACAUCCCCGGCUACAAGUCCCCCAGGGAGUACAUCGCCACCCAGGGCCCGCUCCCGGAGACCAGGAACGACUUCUGGAAGAUGGUCCUCCAGCAGAAGAGCCAGCUCAUCGUGAUGCUCACGCAGUGCAACGAGCGGCGCCGGGUGAAAUGCGAUCACUACUGGCCCUUCACAGACGAGCCGGUGAUGUACGGCGAGGUCAGUGUGGAGAUGCUCACCGAGAUCGAGUUCCCGGAUUGGACCAUCCGCAACUUCCGGCUGGGCUACGCCGACGAGAGCCAAGACGUUCUGCACCUCAACUACACGUCCUGGCCCGACCACGGCGUGCCAACGGUCAACGCCAUCGAGAGCAUCCUGAGUUUCGUCGAGAUCGUCCGCCAUCAGGCCGACCAGUCCAAGGAGUCCGUGGUGGUGCACUGCAGUGCGGGCGUCGGGCGGACCGGGACCUUCAUGGCCCUGGACCGUCUCAUGCAGCACCUCCGGGAGCACGAGUACGCCGACGUCCUGGGCAUGGUGUCUGAGAUGCGCUCCCACCGCCUCUCCAUGGUCCAGACCGAGGAGCAGUACGUCUUCAUCCACCAGUGUGUGCCGCUCAUGUGGAAGCAGAAGAAGCAGCAGUCCAUCACCGGCGACGUCAUCUACGAGAACGUCAGCAAGACAUAGUGUCGCUCCCCCUCCCAGGGCACGGACAGACGUAGGACCCUCCACCACCACCUCCUCCACCUCCUCUGCUUCCAGCUCCUCCUCCUGAUCUUCAUCACCGCGCCUACAAUGUAAAACUCUGCGGCCGCGUCCGAGCGGAGACAUCGGCGACAUAAAGGCAUCCGGGAAAAAACAACCACAAAAACAUAUUUAUAGUGUUGAUGUUGAACGCAUGGGACGGUACUAAUGCCUUAACGAGCCGCCGCCGCCGCCAGACUCGUCACCAGCCGCCGACCCGACCCCUGACCCCUGACCCCAUUAGUGGACUCUCUCAUAUUGAGAGGGGUCGAGGGGUACACCCUGGGGUGGGGUGGGACGUCAUGUGACCACGGCGACGCGGUCCCGGAGUGAAUGUCAAAGCAG